GGGUAGGCCAUUCCAAUCAGGGUUUCUCUUUCUCUUAAGCUAAUGAUGAUCAAAGCAACUGACAAACUGCCACGGAAUCUGUCAGACCUCACUGUGGCCUUGCCCCAUCUCCUCAGUUCCUGAGCUUGUCUUCUUUCUGUCAUGCUCUGGGCCCAUUCUUAGCAACUACCAGGCACCUGCUUCCUGGUCUGCAGCUAUCCUGGGCCUGCUGUGGUUUGAUCCAAGUGCCUGCCUCUGUUCCCUGGUGGCCCAAUGAUAGAGCUUAAUGGAGGUAUCUUCCAGACCCUCUUCCAACAUCGACCCAGGCAACUAUGGUGAAGUACAUGAUCUGAUUACCCAGCUACCCUCUAAAGUGCAGAUACAAGAUAUUACUAAGGAGCUACACUGCCCACUGUGUAAUGAUUGGUUCUGUGAUCCAUUGAUGCUAAGCUGUGGCCACAACUUCUGCCAGGCUUGUAUCCAAAACUUUUGGAAGCAGCAAGCAAAGGAAACAUUCUGUCCUGAGUGUAAGAUGCUAUGUCAAUAUAGCAACUGUACAUUCAACCUUGUACUGGAGAAGCUGGUAGAGAAGAUUAAGAAGCUACCCUUACUCAAAGGCCAUCCACAGUGCCCAGAGCAUGGAGAGAACCUGAAACUAUUCAGUAAGCCAGAUGGGAAACUGAUCUGCUUUCAAUGCAAAGAUGCUCGGUUGUCUGUGGGGCAGUCUAAAGAUUUCCUGCAGAUCUCUGAUGCUGUCCAUUUCUUCAUGGAGGAGCUCACCAUCCACCAGGGUCAACUGGGGGCGACACUGAAGGAACUUCAGUCUCUGAAGAAUAUGCAGAAAGAUGCUAUUGCUGCUUACAAGGAAAACAAGCUACAUCUGCAGCAACACAUCUCCUUGGAGUUUAUAAAGCUACAUCAGUUCCUGCACAGCAAAGAAAAGGACAUUUUAAAUGAGCUCCGAGAAGAUGGGAAAGCCUUGAAUGACGAGAUGGAGCUGAAUCUGAACCAGCUUCAGGAACAGUGUCUACUAGCCAAUGAGAUGUUGGUGAGCAUCCAGACACGAUUGGAAGAGCAGAAUCCCUUCGACUUUCUCAAAGAUAUCACAUCUCUCUUGGAUAGCUUGGAACAAGGAACAGAAGUGCUGAUACCCAGAGAGCUUAUCUCCAGAAAGUUGAACCCAGGCCUGUACAAAGGUCCCAUCCAGUACAUGAUGUGGAGGGAAAUGGAAUCCUCUCUCUCCCCAGGCCUAUCUCCUUUAACUCUGGACCCUAAAACAGCUCACCCAAAUCUGAUGCUCUCCAAAAACCAAACCAGUGUGUGGCAUGGUGACGUUAAGCAGGUAAUGCCUGAUGAUCCAGAGAGGUUUGACUCAAGUGUGGCUGUGCUGGGCUCAAAAGGCUUCACGUCUGGAAAGUGGUAUUGGGAAGUAGAAGUAACAAAGAAGACAAAAUGGACAGUUGGAGUCGUCAGAGAAUCCAUCAUUCGGAAGGGCAGCUGUCCUCUAACUCCUGAGCAAGGAUUCUGGCUUUUAAGACUAAGGAACCAAACUGAUCUAAAGGCUCUGGACUUGCCUUCUUGCAGUCUAAAACUGACUGACAACCUCAACAGGGUGGGAAUAUACCUGGAUUAUGAAGGAGGACAGGUGUCCUUCUACAAUGCUAAAACCAUGGCCCAUAUCUAUACCUUCAGUAGCACUUUCCAGGAGAAACUUUAUCCCUAUUUCUGCCCUUGCCUUAAUGAUGGUGGAGAGAAUAAAGAACCACUGCAUAUCUUACAUCCACAUAAUUAGUCAUACUAGUGUGUAAAUUCAGAGUGUUAUUAAAGAGGUAUUGAAAUGGUU